AUGUCUAGACCAAUCACUCCCAUAUCGCCUGCGCGCAGCCCCUUCCCACCCCAACCUGAUGCCUCUCUGCAAUCUGCGCGCCCAACGAGCGCUAGACCACCAUCUUCUCGGCCAGUCUCCAAUAUUGACACCCAUCAUACCGACGCCCUGUCAAACUAUGAUCAGUCCGGCUCCUACCCCAAUGAUCCAAGUGCGAACUCGCCGACUGACCAUCUCCAUGACGGAGAAGUCGUGACUGGAGAAGGGGCUCCCGCGCUUCCCCGAACCAACUCACAAAUGUCAGGGGCGCAAUCGUUGGUUCCGUCAAGAGGCGGUACUUUGAAGAAGAAGUCUUCCUUGCACAAGAGCGCUAGUCUCAGAAGAACGGCUAGCAAGAGAAGUAGUUACGCCGGAUCGGUACGGAGCAUGAAACUUGGUGAAAGGGAGAAGUAUGGCGAAACCGAAGAGACCAACAGCGUCUUCUACUGUCCCGUUCCCACCUCCGGCAAUCCCACUGAAGUACUAGCGAACAGAUUCCAAGCGUGGCGCAAAGUCCUGAAGGACAUCAUCAAUUACUUUCGCGACUUGCAUAAGACAUACGAGAUGCGGUCCAAAGCUCUCUUGUCCACUUCAAACUUGGUCAACAGUACUUCGCUGCCUCCCAACUUUCUGUCCUCUGGGGGAAUUGGUGAAGCCAACUACAUCUUACGAGAUUUCCAUAAGCAAGCUCUCAGCGAGGCCAGCAAGGCGCGUGACCUGGAAAAUGAGGUCAUUGUUCAAUUGACGGGCCUUCGUAGCGACUUGCAACAGAAAAUCAAAGAGAUCAAGAGCUUGUCUGGUGACUUUAAGAAUUCGGUAGACAAGGAACAGGAAACAACCAAGAGAGCGGUUCGGUCUCUUCAAGAAGCGCUGGGUUUGGUCGAUUCAGAUGCCGCAUCGACCAGUGGGAAGGGCGACCCAUUUUUGGUCAAGCUGGGUGUUGACAAGCAAAUCGAAAGGCAGAUUGGCGAGGAGAACUACCUCCAUCGAGCCUACUUGAAUUUGGAAGCAUCCGGGCGCGAACUCGAGUCGAUUGUAGUUGGAGAGAUCCAGAAGGCAUACAACGUUCUGGCUGGCAUUCUCCGCCGCGAAGCCGACGAUGCUUACGACACCGCCGAGAAACUGAAGGAGGGACCUCUUGCUAUGCCCAAAGACCACGAAUGGGAUGAGUUCACGACAAACAACAACCAGAUGAUCGACCCACGCCGGCCAAUUCGACAGGUAGCCAACAUUGUUUAUCCUGGCAAGGAUCAUCCCGCGGCCAUCGAAGUGAGAAGUGGCAUGCUUGAACGAAAGAGCAAGUAUUUGAAGAACUACACACCAGGAUGGUAUAUUCUAUCCCCAACUCAUCUUCACGAAUUCAAAUCGGCCGACAGGGUGAGCAGCCAAACUCCGAUCAUGUCACUAUACCUCCCAGAGCAAAAACUGGGCACCCAUUCUGAACCCGGAUCCUCGUCGCACAAAUUCAUGCUUAAAGGGCGACAAACCGGUUCAAUGCACCGCGGCCACGCCUGGGUCUUUAGAGCGGAGACCCACGACACCAUGCUUGCAUGGUACGAGGAUAUAAAAGAACUCACCUCUAAGCGCGGCGAAGAACGAAACGAGUUCGUCCGGCGCACUCACGCACGAUCCAUCUCCGGAAACAGCAUGAAGCCAGCAAGCAUUAUUAGCUCCGAAGGUGGAAUGGAGGAAGAUGAGGCCGAUCAAAUAGCAUUUGCUGGAGAACAAUCUGUCCGGGGAAAUUCUAUCGCCAACGAGGCCGGUAUGCCUGGAGCCACUGGACUGGGUGUUCUCGGUGCAAACGAGGUCGAGGAUACUAGGUCAGAAGCAGGAUGGCGUCCUCCUCAGCAACGACCAGCACCAGGUGGGCGUUUUCCAUCCGACCUCAACAUUCAGCGAGGCUUACAAGCACCGCUUUCCCCGUCUAGUGGAGCCAGUUCUGACCAAGACCGAGAUGUUAUAGCAGCCGCAGGUUCCCUUCCCGGAAGUGGCGUGCCCUUCUCGAACACCGGCGACCGGCACACAGAGCUCCAACCAGCCACUGCACAAACGGUCCCUGACUCUAAUGACAUCAACACCAAUAGUCACUAUACUGCUGGCCAGCAUCCAAAUAUCCUCCCUGUGCAUACCGCCAUUCCACGAACGCAGGAUACCACCAGCCAAUACGGCGAAUGGAUGGCGCCAAUUGCAGCAGGUGCGGGAGGCGCUGCAGUCGGAGCUGGUCUGAUGCAUUACCAUCAACAACAGCACCAUGAGCAACCGCAACCUGAAAACAUUGAGAAUCAGAUGGCCGGAGGAGCGGCAAUUCCAGCUUCUGGUCAAUCUUCUGCUCCGAUACCAGUCGCGACUGCCGCCCCUGUCAAUGCACCCACCGGACCUCGUGCAAUGAGUGAGUCAACCACAGCACCAAGUUCAGCAGCCGAAAAUGCUACGUCGUCUGGCACGGAUACUGCGACUCUUUCGACAGUACCUACCAGUACAGGAUUUCCCGCCGGCAACGAGAGUAUGUUCGAUGCGAAUGGAGUCUUCGCUGGGCCGAGAACUGCGAAGGGAGCACCCACAGACUAUGUCGUCAAGCCAACAGAACGGUCAAAGAGUCAUACGACCAUCAGCGACUUACACGUGCCCGGAGAGUUUCCAGCCACUCCCGGUCUAAGCGAAGGCCCCCGACUAUAUGGUGACGUGAUCAACAAUUGA